AUGCCAGCACUUCCCUUUCCUCAGGCGUUCUUUGAAAAUGCUUCACUUGUGCAUCGUAGCACACUCCCAACGGCCUCUAAUACAACUGAUCCAAUAUUGGAGGUCAUUUGCGCCUGGCCCGUGUCUGGACAGUAUGGGCCAGGGACCCGAUAUCUAUAUUACGUGCUGAUGGCGGCUUGUGUACUCGCACGCAAGGAAGAAUGGAUUCGCAAUGCUUGCCUAGCUGCCGUGUUACUUUUCCCCGCUGUCGCGGCCCUACACGGAAUUGUUCUUGCGGCGCUUCAUGUUGAUGGAGCGGUGGACAUGGACGUAUACGGGGCCUUCCAGCUAUGCGCGAUCGGCAUCCUGACUGCCCCAGCCACCGUUAAACUUUCCAAGACCUACUUCAAUAGCCAAGGUCGAAAUAUCAUCUUUCUCUGGACUGUCCUUCAACUGGCCGGCCUUCUCAGUCUAAUCGUAGAGUUCAUCCGAAGCACUCCAACCGAGUGCCCCAGUGAUGACCCGGCGACAAAGAUCUGGGCCGACACUAGGAAAUUUUACUACACCAGCAAUUGCAGCAUGGUCUGUACAGAGUAUGACGGUCCAACAUCACCUCUCCGACAAGGCUCAGCAAACAAUAUUUAUGUCAUUCCAGCCCCUCACCAAUUGGACUUCAACACCGCUACUCUCCUCGCAGCUGCGUGCUGCAUCCCUGCGAUCCUGUCGAUGGCAUCCAUGUGGAUUAAAAUAUUGGACGGCAAUUGGGAAAAGUUGAUCGGCAAGCAGAAGAAGAAGGACAAUGAACCAAUCGCCGGCACAAACGGUGCGACGCCGAUCCAGAUGAGAAGUAUUGCAGGAAGGAUCCGCGACUGGAUGACCUUGAUUGAGAUUCCAGUUGUCAUGGCGGCUGUACUGGCUAUUAUCGUCAAGGGAGAGAUGAAUUUCUGGAGUGAACCCGUGGACUAUCAAACGGAGCCCAUAGCAAGUAUAGGUGAGUACGGUAUUGUUGUGAAUCUGAGCCAAUGGGCUCCUAUCGUCGGUACUGGACUCGCUAUCCUGGGAUCGCUCUCGCUGAUAUUCGCAGCUGACAUGGAAGCCGAGGAAAAGCAAAUCGAGCCAAAAGAAACACCAGCCCAAAGAUGCGCCGAUUGCGGCGGGAAUGCGAUUCGCGACAGCACAUCCUCACCACCGUCCCCGGGGCUGUCUGCGAGUGAAGAGGAGGCUCCCCCACAGCAUCUCGAGUACUCGGCAACAUUCUCAACCAUCCACCAGGCAAUGACCAGUCAAUCCGCUCCCGACCCCGGCGGCAGACGAAAAGUAGCCCAGUUCUUCAACGCAGCAAGCGCCUACCUAGCCACAAAAGCGCACGACCCACACACGGGCUUCGAAGUCCAUGAACGAACGACCUUCCCCGAGAUCCCAGCCGAGCCUUUUAGAAACCCGAUUCUGUAUGAAAUCCGUAAUGUCUACAACCAGACCCCCAUCCCACGAUCGCGAGCUACCAGCUUUGUCGGAAGCGAUAUUUCCAAUGGCGAAGGUAGUUCCAGAGUCCCUGGACGCCAUGCUUCAGUACCCACUCCACCCCCGCUUGUGGCGAGGAUUGGUCGUCAGCAUUCAAAUACGAUCCCGGCGGAUCGAAGUCAGCCGCGGGGGGGACCUACCUUUCUUGAAAUCCGCACUUUAUGUAGUAAUCCGUCGCCGCGGCAGGGGAGCCCUGCUGAUGGGCUGACUCCUGAUGACCAUCUGCAUGUUGAUCGGGAUGAUUACAUAUCGGAGGUGAGCACUGCUCCGAUCUCGCCUAGUGGACCUACUACUCCUAAAAUUGUGGUUUCCUCUGAUUGA